CAGGUUCCCACUGUGGCCCUCACCCAUGCCCAGGGCCCGGCUUGGCUUCGUGGCCUCUGAGGCCCCACCGGGACAGGCUGCUGAGCGGGCUUCGCGCGCGGUGUCCCCCUGGGCUCAGGAGUCCCCCAAGUCCGAGGUUCGGUUCUGACCGAACCCGACGUGCUGCGGGCCGUGAACGCGCUGUGCCCCGCGCCCAGCCCGACUGGGACCGCGCAGCCCGCUCUGCGCGAAGAGCCAUUUGGUCAUGUGUGAGUGACUGGUCCUAGAUGGAGAACUUUAUCCUGUAUGAGGAGAUCGGCAGAGGAAGCAAGACUGUCGUCUACAAGGGACGGCGGAAAGGCACAAUCAACUUCGUGGCCAUUCUUUGUACCGAGAAGUGCAAGAGGCCCGAGAUAACCAACUGGGUCCGUCUCACCCAUGAAAUUAAACACAAGAAUAUUGUAACUUUUCAUGAAUGGUAUGAGACCAGCAACCACCUCUGGCUGGUGGUGGAGCUCUGCACAGGUGGUUCUCUAGAGACAGUGAUUGCCCAGGAUGAAAACCUCCCAGAAGAUGUUGUGAGAGAAUUCGGAAUGGACCUGGUCUCUGGGUUGUGUCAUCUUCACAAACUUGGUGUUCUCUUUUGCGAUGUUUCUCCUGGGAAGAUACUCUUGGAAGGGCCGGGGACACUGAAGUUUAGCAAUUUUUGCCUGGCGAGAGUGGAAGGUGAGAAUCUGGAGGAGUUCUUCACUUUGGUGGUGGAAGAGGAAGGAGGUGGCGACAGCGGGGAAAGCGUAAUGAACAUGAAAAACAGAGUCAAAGGGUCUCCUGUUUAUAUGGCACCAGAAAUCAUGAGGGGUGCGGACUUCUCCAUUACCACUGACCUCUGGUCAUUGGGCUGCCUGCUGUACGAAAUGUUUUCAGGAAAACCUCCAUUCUUCUCCGAAAAUGUUCCAGAGCUAGUUGAAAAGAUUUUACACGAAGAUCUGUUGCCACCUGUUCCAAGAGACUCUUCACGUCCGGAAGCAUCUUCAGAUUUCGUUAAUUUGGUUGAUGGCUUGCUUCAGAAAGAUCCGCGGAGGAGGCUAACGUGGAGCGGCGUGCUGCAGCACCCUUUCUGGAAGGGCGCCUUCACCAGGAACGCCAAGGAGCUGGGCGUGGAGGAUCCCCCCAUCAGGUGUGCAGGCUGCCUCAUACCUAGCAGCAGAAGCAUCAUGGAAGGUUCCAGGCCCCAGGACAACAAGGAGCCCUUGCAGCACCGUCCAGGUGGCCGCAGCAUGGGGCCCAGGAUACCACAGCGAUCCAGCCCCACGCCCAAGCUCGAAAAUCCAGCUGAUUUGCGGCCCAAGAGCUCUGCUGGGGGUCAGCUGAACGAGUCUCUGUUUCUGCUCAGUUCUCGUCCUACACCACGGACCAGCACUGCUGUGGGACUGAGCUCUGGACAGGACAAGACCCCGACUUCACUGCAGAAGACCUCUCCCUCGGCCAAGAUCACCAGUGUGUACCUGAGCCAGGAAGCACUGGAGACCCAGAUGAAGGCGCUGAUCUACACAGACUCAGACUUGGUUGUCACCCCGGUCAUCGACAACCCCAAGAUAAUGAAGCAACCACCCAUGAAAUUUGAUUCAAAAAUACUGCAUCUGCCAGCACAUUCAGCCGAGAAGUUGCUGCUUCUCAAGGACCAGGACUGGAACGACUUCCUGCAGCAGGUGUGCUCGCAGAUCGAUUCCACCGAGAGGAGUGCGUCGGCCUCCCGAGCCAAGCUGAAUCUCCUCUGCUAUUUGUGCAUGGUGGCCACUCACAGGGAGGUCGCAGGCAGGCUCCUGAAUUCGCCCCUGUUCCACUUGCUAAUCCAGCAUUUGCGAAUAGCUCCAAACUGGGAUAUACGGGCCAAGGUGGCACGGGUGAUCGGUCUGCUGGCCUCACAUACGAAUGAGCUCCAGGAAAACACACCUGUCAUCGAGGCAAUUACUGUGUUAACCGAGUUAAUCAGGGAGAACUUCAGGAACAGCAAAUUGAAACAGUGCCUUUUGCCAGCCCUUGGGGAGCUGCUCUACCUCGUGGCCACCCAGGACGAGAGGAGCAAGCCACCCCGGCAGUGCUGGAUCGUUCCCUUGGCUGCCUACACCGUGCUCGUGAGGUGCCUGCGGGAAGGGGAAGAGCGUGUCGUGAAUCACAUGGCGGCAAAGAUUGUAGAAAACGUGUGCACCACCUUCUCCACGCAGGCCCAGGGCUUCAUCACAGGAGAGAUCGGGCCUGCUCUGUGGUUCCUGUUCAGACACUGCACCGUGGACUCCCUCCGGAUAACAGCGAUCUCGGCCCUGUGUCGAGUCUCCCGCCAGUGGCCUGCUGCCUUCCAGAGUGUGAUUGAGAAGGUGGGACUUCCCUCUGCGACCCAAGCCCUGGCCGCCGCCAUCUGCAGGGUCCAGCAGUACCUCCUGACCCUGUUCGCCACGCUGCUGUCCUGCGGGAUUCACCUUCAGAGGCUGUCCCAGGAGAAGGAUUUCGUCUCCACGGUUCUCCGUUUACUCGACAGUCCCUCGACUUCCAUCCGAGCGAAGGCCUUCCUGGUGCUGUGCUAUGUCCUGCUUCACAACCGUGAGAUGCUGCUGCUGGGCUGCCAGGCACGGCUGGUGAUGUACAUCGAGAGAGACAGCAGAAGGACCUCUCCGGGCAAGGAGCCGCAGAGCGGCGGCGAGUACCUCUCUGGGUGCCUGCAGCUGCUCAUCUGUCACAUCACCCAGGAGCUGCCGCGGAUCCUGGGUGAUGUUCUCAGCGCCUUGGCCAGUGUCUCUGGCCGGAAGCACCCGUCCACUGUCCAAGGGAGGCAGCUGAAGAACUGCCUGCCCCUGAUGCCCAUCGUGCUCCACCUGCUCACUUCUCAGGUAUUUCGACCACAAGUGGUAACGGAGGAAUUUCUCUUCAGUUAUGGAAGUAUUCUUAGUCACAUUAAAUCGAUUGACUCUGGAGAAAGCAACAUAGAAGGAGCUGUGGGAUCGGCGGCAUCAGAGGAAUUCAUCAAGAUAACGCUGUCAGCUUUCGAGGCCAUCAUACAGUACCCCAUGCUGUUGGAAGACUACCGCACAACGAUCAUUGAGUAUAUCCUGCCACCCCUGGUGUCCUUGGUUCAGAGCCAGAAUGUGGAGUGGAGACUCUUCAGCCUGCGCCUGCUCUCCGAAACUGCAUCUCUGCUGGUGAAUCUGGUGGCCGGGGAUAGCGAGGAGGAGGCAGCCAUGGAUGCUGAGCGCAGCCUCCUGAGCCUGGUUCGCAACGCCCUGCUGCCCCAGUACGAGCACAUCCUCACCGAACCUGACCCCGUGCCUGCCUACGCACUGAAGUUGCUUGUGGCCAUGACAGAGCACAACCCGAUCUUCACCAGACUUGUGGAAGAGAGCAAACUGAUCCCACUGGUCUUUGAAGUGAUCCUGGGCCGUCGGGAGAGCAUCCUGGGCAACACCACGCAGAGCGUGAUCGCCCUGCUCAGCAACCUGGUCACCUGCCGAGACUCAAAUGUGAAGCUGCUCUGCGAACAGGGACUCGUGCAUCACGUCUGUAACCUGUUCACUGCAGCUGCCACACUGUGCCUGGAUGCGGACAGUAAGCACAGCACCGAGGUGGCGGCUACCCUGCUGUUCUCGCUGCUGGACAUUCUGCACGGCAUGCUGACCUACAUGUCUGGUGUCGUGCGGCUGGCCCUGCAGGCGCAGAAGUUUGGCUCAGGAGGGGACACACAGGCGGCUGAAGACCUCCUGCUGCUGGGCAAGCCUUUGGCGGCCCUCACCAGCCUGCUCAUCCCGCUGCUUCCCAGCGAGGACCCGGAGGUUUUUGAGGUCUCCUCUAAGUGUCUGUCGGUGCUGGUUCAGCUGUAUGGUGGGGAGAUCCCGGACAGCCUCUCUCCUGAGAAUGCAGAGAGCUUCGCUCAUGCACUGUCCUCCCUGAAGGACCCGAAGGACCAGAAGCUUCUGCUGCGGACCCUCAGGAGGAUGGUCACCUCCAGUGAGCAGCACCGAGCACGUGUCCAGCAGGCAACCAGCCUUCAGUGGAUGUUGGAGCGGCUGACCCAGGCUGAGGGCUCACCUGACAGCGGACUGGUGGCUUCCCUGGCCCUGGACAUCCUCCACGCCCUGGGCUCCCGGCAGGAAGAUGUGUAGGGAGCCCUGCUUGCAUACUCCCACCACCCCUAAUAAAGUCAGGACCUGGCGUCAA